AUGGAUAAAAUCACAAAUGAAAAAAAAUCAAAAGUUGUUGGUGAAAUGGUAUAUAAUCCCAAACUACAAAGAUGGGAAGGAAAUGAAUCAGUUUUAAAGGAUUUUGAUUCACCCAGCAAAUCGUCAUUUUUGACAAAUGUUGACAAUUUAAAAACAUCACAUAAUGGGAAAAUAAUAGUUUGUCCAAAUAAAAGACGCAGCAGCAAUUCAGUAUUUUCAUCUGAAGACGAAGAAGAUCUUCUUGCAAGGUUUGAUUCAGACUUUGAUGACGAGGAUGAUGAUAUGAAGGAAAAAGUUGAUAAAUGUUUAAAUAAAGAGAACAAAGAUGAAUCUAAACAAAAAGAUCUAUGGGUGGAGUCGCAAUCAAAUAAAGCAAUUAGUGAUGAUGGCAAUUCAUUAAGUGAUUAUAAAGGAAAAUUAUUCAAUAAAAUCAAAAGAAAUUCAAUAUCAGGUGGAAGUCAUUAUGAAAUUGGAACAGAAUUUGAUGUUGCACCUGGAUUUUUGUCAACCUUGUUGGCUUCUGAAAGACAGCAUCGCAAUGAAAUAACAAAAUGGUAUCCUGCUGCUGGGACUUUAAAAAAUGAGCAAAGAUUCGGUCUUCGUUCUCCAACUAUAGAACACGGGUUUCUAUACGAGAUAAGAAACAUUAAGAAGAAGAGUUCAACAGGUAGUAACAAUAAUUCCAAUAGAAAUAUUGAAAUAUGUAAAAACACAAAUAAUAAAAAAUCUGGCAAUAUUUCAACAUUACCGGAUCGAAAACCUUUCAAGUGA